AUGUAUAUUUGUACCGAAUUAUUCUAUACCUAUUUUACAAUGUCAACGUUUUUAUUUCAAUUAUCAUGGCAGCAUUCUUCUUUAAUAUUACCAUCAAAUCACUAUCACAGUGAUGAUUAUGAUAACACGAGGGACGAUGCAAACGAAAUUGAUUCGGAACAUAUAUCAGCAUAUAGUGGACAAGCAGCAAAAUUCGUCUGUGAUUUACCCGAAAAAUAUUCAGGAAAAAGAGCUGAUUUUUACGGUCCUUACGGUCGUUUGUUAGACGAUUCAAACGGCGGUGACUCAUGGUCACCAAAUCGUUAUGCCACUGAACGAACGUAUGCAUGGACGUAUACAAUUAAUAUUAAUGAAGUAACAGAGGAUGAUGUUGGCGAGUACCUGUGUAAAGUUGGAGAACAUGUGAUACGAAAAUUUAAUUUAACAGUUUUGACACCACCUAAAAUAUUCGAUAUCAACGUUGAACCAAGAGAUAUGAUAGAAGGUCAACAAGUGACAUUAAAAUGUCAGGCACAAGGAGUUCCAAACAUAAUUGCUAAUAAACAUCAAUUAUUCAUUCGAAACUUUACACGUUCAACACCAAAUGAUUUUGAAUGUAUUGCUGAUAAUUCUAUUCCACCACGUGAUACAAAAGCUAUUAAAUUAAUUCCAACAAUAUCACCCGAGAUUAAUAUCCAGUAUUCUUUAUCGCGAACAACACGACAAGGUUUAUCUAGUCUUAUUCUUAAUUGUACAGUUAUUGCUAAUCCACUAUCAUAUGCAAGAUGGAAAAAAAAUCGUCAAGACAUUCAUCAACAACAAUCAAAUACAGUUACUAUUCAUCAAAAAGUUGUUAAUGAUAUACAAUUAAAUAUUGUUCUAAAUGUCAAAGCUGAAAAUAUUAGUGACUUGUAUGGAAUAUACGAAUGUGAAGCGGAGAAUCGUUUAAAAACAACAAAAUCUUUUAUUAUUAUUGAUGAAACAAGUUUAAUUAAUAUAGCAAAUGCUCAACCCACAAAAUCUCAAAAUAAUCGUCACAUCUAUCGUCAACCAUCGAGUAGUGAUAGUAGUUCAACAACAGAAACUUAUGAGAUCUUAGCAAAAGUCGUGAACAUACAAGUAACAUAUCGCGGCACUCUUACAAGUCCAUUGUCAUAA